AGAUAAGCGGUCCCGAAAAUGGAUUGAUGCAGAUUGUCAUGCCAGUCUCCUUCCUUCAGUAAUGUUGAAAUAAUUGUCUCCUUACAGAACGCUUCCCCACGUCAAGGACUGUACAUUUUUCUUUCUAAUAACACGUUUUAACGUGACGAUUAUUAGGCUUAGAUUAUGUAGCUCGUCCGCCAUGCAAGUUCCUGUGAAUUAGCUAUUAAUAUGGAAACGAUACCACGUUAAAAAUGAUUUACUGCAUUAACGUAAAGCUCUCCGUUAUCAAUCGAAUUACAGUCAGCGCUCCUGUCGGAGCUGCCGUUAUAGAAAGUUCAUCAACACCUUCUGACCAGUCAGAUCGAACAAUUGGACAGUACUGUAAUCGGAGCAGGAUUUUCUGUCCGUGCUGCUGGACGUUCUUUCGUGGAGCGCUCAGCUGGUGAACAGGAUUGUAGGAUUGGUUUUUUCAAAGGAGGACACACGCCGUAUUCCAUAUCUACGUAAAAAAAAAACCAAAUUGUGCGUGGCUGUCUUUAUGUUGGUUCAAAAUGGAAAGGUGUUGAACAAUAUUCAGAUCGCAAGCAUUUUAAGGUGUACAUGAUUCCAAUAUCGUCUAAUCUCGAGUGUACCGAUAACCCGUUAACGCGCCGUGUUUUUUCUUUUCUUUUCUUUCAAAUUAGGUCAUCGAUUUGACACUACUAAAGCGUUCCAAUGUUUGUUUGUUUUUUCUUUUUCUUAAAUCUGUGUAAAAUGUGUAGGAGUGUUUGUGGUGUUAGUGCAGUAAAAUCCCUGUUUUUCACACAUUAGAACAGGGGAAACACAAGCAAAGGAAAUGUGAGCGUCCUCUCGGCACACUGACAGCGAAGCCGCCGACCGGCCAGGACGCCUCCAAAAGGUGAAUCCCUCAGAAAAGAGGUUUUUUCCUACGGACACAAAGGGCCACUGUCCUCUGAUUGGCUCGGACACCCCCCAGUGACAUGCCCGUGGCCAAUCAGAGGUGCUUAAUGGCUGGGGACGUUGAGGUGUACCUGUCACAGGUGCAUGAUGGGAGCGUGUCCUCAGGCUUCCGAGCCUUGUACGAGGAACGUCUCCUGCUGGAUGUGACGCUCCUGAUAGAAGAGCAUCACUUCCAGGCCCACAAGGCCCUGUUGGCCACACAGAGCGACUACUUCCGGGUGAUGUUCACGGCAGAUAUGCGCGAGCGAGACCAGGACAAGAUCCACAUGAAAGGGCUGACAGCAGCUGGCUUCGGCCACGUCCUUCGCUUCAUGUAUUAUGGCUCGUUGGAACUCAGCAUGCCCACAGUGCAGGAGAUUCUGCAGGCGGCCAUGUACGUGCAGCUCACUGAGGCUGUGGAGUUCUGCUGUUCUUUCCUGUUGGCCAAAAUCUGCCUGGAGAACUGUGCCGAGGUCAUGAGGCUGUUGGAUGACUUCAGUGUAGCUGUGGAGGGAGUGCAGGAACGGCUGGACGCCUUCCUGCUGGAGAACUUUGUGCCUCUGAUGUCGAGGCCGGACUUUUUGUCCUACCUGAGCCUGGAGAAGCUGGUGGUGUGCCUGGGCAGUGAACGGCUGAGUCGGUUCCCGGAGAUCGAGCUGUACGAGGCUGUGCAGGCCUGGCUCAGACAUGACCGACGCCGCUGGAGACACACGGACGCCGUAGUGCAGAACCUGCGCUUUGGCCUCAUGACACCGACACAAGUGUUCGAAAAGGUGAAGACGUCCGAGUUCUAUCGUUACUCCCGUCAGCUGAGGCAGGAAGUGGACCAGGCACUCAACUACUUUCAUUCGGUGAACGAGCAGCCGCUAGCCGAAACGAAGUCCAACCGGAUCCGAUCUGUUCGGCCUCAGACGGCCGUGUUCCGAGGGAUGAUCGGUCACAGCAUGGUGAACAGCAAGAUCCUCCUGCUGCAUCGGCCAAAGGUUUGGUGGGAGUUGGAAGGUCCACAAGUUCCUCUUCGGCCUGAUUGUUUGGCCAUCGUCAACAAUUUUGCUUUCCUGUUAGGAGGCGAGGAGCUAGGGCCAGAUGGAGAGUUUCACGCAUCAUCCAAGGUUUACCGCUACGAUCCAAGGCAGAAUUCCUGGCUCAGGAUGGCAGACAUGUCGGUCCCUAGGUCAGAAUUUGCUGUCGGUGUGAUCGGAAAGUUCAUCUACGCCGUGGCAGGACGGACACGGGACGAGACGUUUUACUCGACAGAGCGCUAUGACAUUGCAGAGGAUAAGUGGGAGUUCGUGGAUCCGUAUCCAGUUAACAAAUACGGCCACGAGGGCACGGUGUUGAAUGGAAAACUGUACAUCACGGGUGGUAUCACAUCAUCCUCCACCUCCAAACAGGUGUGUGUGUUUGAUCCCGAGCGCGAGGGAGCAUCGGAACACCGCACACGCCGCAAUCCCAUUCUUACUAACUGCUGGGAGAACAAAUCUAAGAUGAACUAUGCACGCUGUUUCCACAAGAUGAUCUCCCACAACGGGAAACUUUACGUGUUCGGAGGGGUUUGUGUAAUCCUGAGGGCGUCUUUCGAAUCCCAAGGCUGCCCUUCAACGGAAGUGUACAAUCCGGAAACGGACGAAUGGACCAUCCUUGCCUCCAUGCCCAUUGGGCGAAGUGGGCAUGGCGUGGCCGUACUAGACAAACAGAUCAUGGUGCUGGGUGGAUUGUGCUACAACGGCCAUUACAGCGACUCUAUACUCACCUUUGACCCCGAGGAGAACAAGUGGAAGGAGGAUGAGUAUCCCAGAAUGCCUUGCAAACUGGAUGGCUUGCAGGUGUGCAGCCUGCACUUCCCUGAGUAUGUCCUGGAACACAUGAAGCGCUGUAGCUGAGGGUCUCUGAGAAGGAUGAGGGGUGAGAAAGGAAAAAAACAAAAAAAAAAAACGUUUACAAAUGUGAAAGUAGUCUUCAUAUACUGAUUACACUUUUAAACAGUAGGCCAGUGAUUAUUUAAGAACAAAAAGCAACAUACUUUUUAGGCAGGGGCAGGGGGUGGGUAUCGGGGUGGGAAGGAGGGAGGGAUUGGUUAAUACUGCUGGUUAAGCUGUUUAAGCUUUUUUUCUUUUCCCCCCCAGAAUUAGCUUUCUCAUUUAAAGAGGACUUGAAUAGCAAACGUUUCUGUGGACUUUUUUUGUGCAUAAUACGAUAAUACGUCCGUCUGUUCUGUAAUCGUAAUGUCCUGUACAAUAACCGCAUACUGCAUUUCCACCACGUCGUUAACCGUGAAAUCGUCCCAUUCCCCUCGUGUUCUGCUUGAUGGUGUUUGAGGAAGUUUUGUAUGUGUACACACACUCCCACACACAUACAGAUACACACGUGUGCUUCUUCCACCACUUCCAACUCUGAUGCAAUUUGCUGCACUUAUGAACAACUGGACAAAAAUAGACAUUUUAAAUGUCUAACAAAAAAAACAAAAACAAAAAAAAAAUCCUGUUGGUUUUUGUUUUAAGAGUCAUUUGUGUUGCUGCCACACACUAUGAGCUGUAGAAGGUUUUUGAAUUAUGAUGAUUAUAAAGAUAGUGACACUAAUCUGUGAUUAAAUUUUGCACUCUGAAGGGUGUUUUUUUAUUUUUACUGCUAGGCAAUAACACUGGUCCUCCACUACUGAUGAAAGGGGAAAGGGGGUGAGAGGAGAGUAAAGGUGAUCUAUACAUGUCAAUCUCCUGCAAACCUCUGCCAAAUAUAUAUUAACACUUUAACCCUGUUUAAUUUAUUAACUUGCUGUAGACUUGUCUUGAUCCCACUAAGAUAAACCAGCUGCUGUUUUCAGUUUUGUCACAUUUCCUGUAUUGUUUCAUGAGCAAAGGGCUAAAGGACAUAUGCAUUUUUAUUUAUUUAUUAUUAUUUUUUUUUCUUCAGAGGGGUCAUGCCAAAACAUAGGUCUUCAGUCUAAUCUGUAAAGAAACAUGUGUUUAAAGGCCACUUCUAUUUAUACAGUAUUGUUUUAUACAUUUGAUUAAUAAUCACACAGAGGUCAGAUUGGCUGAAUUUCUCAGGAUAGAAUGUGUUGCUGGACAAAUUGAGCUCUAUGACUUGUACAGUAAAGGCAUAUUACUAUUUUAACACCUAAUACUAUCAUUUUCGAAUUGCUGCCCGAGGCGUUGUAGCGCACUCGGAUGAAAGCACUAUCUGCCCUCUUCUUCAAACAUGAUUUGACAGAUGUCCAUGAUCGGUUAGUUUCGUUUGCUUAGCGCCUGGCCGCAGAUGGCGGAGGCAUUGUCAGGAUUCGAACGUGCGAAUAGUGAGAUGCCGUAGAUGGGAAUGUGUCAAGCAGAUCUGACUUUUGAGAGUUUCUCAAGGUAAUAUUCAUAAAUGUUAACAUUAGCUCGCUGGCCAAUACGCUAUAUUGGCCAAAAGGUUGUGGACACCUGUCUAUCUAUCUAUUUAUCCAUCCAUCCAUCCAUCCAUCCACAAGAGCAUUUGUAAGGGUCGGGCACUGAUGUCGGGUGAGGAGUCUUGGGGCACAUGAGCAUUCCGGUUUAUCCCAAAGGUGUUCAAUGGGGUUGAGGUCAGGGCUCUGUGCAGGCCACUCACGUUCUCCCACUUGGCAAGCCAUUUCUUCAUGGACUUUGCUUUGUGCACAGAGAUUUUUAUCAUGCUGGAACAUAUUUGGGCUUCUUCGUUACAGCAAAGGGAGACUGUAAUGCUACAGCAUACAACAUCAUAUAUAAUUGUGUACUUUCAACUUUGUGGCAUCAGGUUGGGAAAGGCCCGUAUAUAGGUGUGGUGGUCAUAUAGCAUAGGAGCUAACCUGACAGAACCUCUGGGAGAAUUUUUAUGUCAUGUUGGUAGAUGUUUAUAAUUAAUAUAACUCUAGCUGCCUCACGUAAUCUAAAACCUAUUUGAGUGUAAUCAUAAAACUGUGUGAGAGCACCGAUACACUGGAAAGGCAUCUUUGUGGGCUCUAAAGAGAUCAGUGAACCAUCGCGCAUUAUCUGUUUAAGGUAUAUUGGCUAUUCUCCACAGUUUUACUUAACUUAAUCGUUCUUUUUGUCCAGCUACACAUUGUUCGUGAGAUUGUUCUACCCGGUCAGUUAAGUUUUAUGUAAUAACACUCAAAUCUCUUCUUCUGUAUUAUGCUUCCGUCAGUCGUUGGUUAUACAAUACAUUGUGAUUUUCAAUAACUCAAAGGUGGAGGCUGUCUAGAUACGUGGCAUCUUUGGGCAGCACUUGUGCCCUUAAGCUAAGCUUUGUCCAAUUCAGAAGGCAGCUUUUUCUAAGGCUUCAUAUUUGCAUUUGUGCUCGAAUAAGGCAAUCCCGUAAUAGUAAUGUUAAUGUAUAGUUCUAUACAUUAUAGACUUUUAUAAACUUAUUAUUUAUUUUAAUAUCAGUACAUGCCUACCUCAUGUCUGUUUCCCCUGGGAUUCAUUGGCUUUGUACUGAUAUUACUUAUGGUACUGGUUUGAACUUCCUCAAAUACUGAUUCCCUUAUGUCUCUGUCUUGUAGGUCACAUGUUUUUCUUUUUCCACAACCAACUGUCAAUGUCAUGUACAUAUAGACACCAAACUACAGCCUGAAAGGGUAUCUGCUGUGCAGCUUAAGGUAUAAAAUGCACAGGUCUAUCCAGUUUAGAGUUAUCCUUGUCACAUAUAUCCCUCUGCAAAAUAAUCUGAAUAAAAAAAUCAAAAAAAAAUCCAGUUUAAUAAAACAUAGCCCUGUAUCUAAACUGUACUUGAGCAUUACUCAGAUUACUGACGUAUUUACUGUGAUCUGAUGCUUUAUUGCUACUUGGAGACUUUGUAAUUUCUUUCCUGAAAUAAAUGUUCCUAUUGUUCAGUUUUUCAGUGGUCUUUUUUUUUUAUUAUUUAUUAUUAAUUUAAAAAAAAGAAAAAGGUCACUAAAGUUUAAUAAACA